GUGUUCGUGUACCGGAGCGUGAGUUGUGAGUAGGAUCGUGUUUUCUUUUGAAAUUUUUGAAAGUGGCUAAAGAAACUAUCUUUUUAUGACAUUAUAUGGAAUAACUGAUACAUCUCAUGUUUUUUGACUUAAAAAUAACAUCCGACCUUAUUUUCCUGGUCAAACUCAAUUUAGGAGUUGAUGACCAUAUCCGUGAAAAGAACUGUCCGUUUAAAUUUGUGACGUGAGAAAAAAAAAAAUUUAGUCAUGAAUCAAAAGGAAGGAUUCGAUGUUGUCGUGGGUGCAACGUCCGGUGUCAUCAAAGGAGUGAAAAUCGGACGGACGAAUAAGGAUAAUAAAAUAAAGAAUUUGCAGACCCUGGCCUUAAUUACGGAAAACGAUCACGUGACCAGAAUCGAAUGGGGGAACGACGAUGAACGCGAGAUUUUGGUCGCGUGCGGCGUGAAGAGAGAUAGAAGAAUAAAGAUCUACGACGCGGAGAGCGCAGUACUCACAAAUUCGUUUCUUUGUAACAUAGGUACAGGAAGUAUCAAUGGAUUAUCACGAUACAACAGAUCUAUUUUGACAGCAGUCAAAUCUGGGGACGUAUGCCUGUGGCCAUCUUCUGGAGGAAAAGGAGAGAUCUUGCUAAAUGCCGGAGAAAACUUGGGCAGAAUGUGUCACUCGUGUGAACAAAAGAACAUCAUAGCGACUGGUGGAACAGAGAACAGGCUGAAACUGUGGGACUUAGAGACGCAAAAGAUGACAUUCGUCGAAAAGUCCCUUCCGCAUGAUUGGCUGAACUUAAGGAUACCUGUUUGGAUAUCGGAUAUCAAUUUCUUGUCAGGAUCUCAACAGAUAGUAACAGUUGGUAGACAUGGACAUAUAUACCUGUAUGAUCCACUUUCUCAAAGACGUCCUGUAAUAAAUAUGACAAUUCAGAAUGAAUCUUGGACCAGCUUGGCCAUCCCAUCUAGAGAAAAACAAAUCAUAGUGGGCUCAGGAAAAGGCAAGUUGAAUCUCGUCGAUUUGAGAAAACCAGGUACCUUAUUAAACACGUACAAAGGUUUUACCGGUGGUGUGACUAGAGUAGCUUGCAGCAGGAUCAAACCAUACGUUGCAAGCGUCAGUCUCGACAGAUACUUGCGAAUACACAAUAUCGAUACAAAAAAAGUUCUCAAAUGUAUUUAUUUAACAUCGAAAUUAUCGUGUUUAGUGAUGAGAUCCGAUAUUGAAAUAGAAAAUGAUGAUGGUACGGAAACUUAAAAUAUUGUUAAUUAAAGAUUUACAUAAGAUUUGCUAAUUUGUAGAUAUUUAAAUAAAAAAGAUAUAUUUUAAAUAAAAUCUCUUAAGGACAUAUAUUGUAAAUUACUUUUAAUUUUCUACUUCUUUCUCCUCAAUGUACUAUCGAGCAUGCAAUUCAUUUGAGACAUAUCAUUUUUAUGUCUAUCUAUAUGUAGGCCAUAUAUUGUUCUUAAUAAAAUCUUAUGCAAGUUGAAAAAAACUAUGUUAAGUAUUUAGUAGUCUAAAAAUACUAAGAAUGCAGAAAAGCGCUUACUAUAUUUUUCACUAUAAUAAAGUGUUUCUACGAUCAGUCUAUUGAUAUUUCUUAUGAAAUGUUUAAAAAUAAUCAACAAAAAAUAUUCUUAUGCAAACGUUAAUACAACACAUUAAGUAAUAGCUAAAUAGUACUCUUUAGCCUACCAUCUCAAAGAUUGCAUCUAAAAUAGAAUGGAAAUUUAGGCGAUCAUUAAAUAAAGCAUUUCUAUCACAGUAUGUUUUUUUGCUCGGCAAAUUUUUCUCGUUUCCAAUAUCGAAAAAAGGACGAUAAAGGUUGAACAGGGAACAAAGGUACGCUGACUUCGCUUUGUUAUGACUACUACGCGUAAUGCACAAGCAUUUAUAUUAUUUAUUGUACAGUUUAUUUAUCAUUAAUACCGCAUCUCUCGAUAAGAGCUUGUAUUUUGGUUCUUGAAUGCAGCGCGCACAGAAUUCAAUCGCUCAUCUCCCUCACAAAACUCCAUCUCUCUAAUAUUAUAUAGAAUGAAGAGAAGCUAAAUAUAUUUUCUUCGACAAUUUCUACUGUGCUCUCAACAAGUAACAAGUUAUGUCGAAGCUGAGUGCGCGGUGCGCACGCUGCGGUAUGUUACAGCGUAAUCUUUAGUAUCUUGUAAGUAGAAGAAGGUGAACGCGGCAACUCGCAAUGAUUGCAACGCUUUUUGUACUAAAAAAAAA